AUGGCAGUGCCCAUGAGCAAGGUCAAUUUUUCCGUCAGGAGCAUCCUGGACCUGCCCGAGCAGGACUUGGAGGCCGUGCCCUGCAGGACUUCAUCUUACUCGGCCAGGAGGUCUCCCUACAGCUCGUGGAUGGACAGCUCGUGCACGUGUAGAGGACAUGUGUCCUGGGACGAGGCCAGCAGCCUGGAAGCGUCUCCGGACUCCACCGAGCCGCACGAAGCGUCGGCAGAAGUGGAAUCUCCGGACGCGGUGAAGAAGAACAAAAAGCGGCGGGUUCUUUUCUCCAAGGCCCAAACCCUGGAGCUGGAGCGCCGGUUCCGCCAGCAGCGCUACUUGUCCGGCCCGGAGAGAGAGCACCUGGCCCGCAUCCUCUGCCUGACUCCCACUCAGGUCAAGAUCUGGUUCCAGAACCACCGCUACAAGAUGAAGAGGGGGCGGGCUGAAGGGGCGCUGUUGGACCUGGAGAUGGUGCACCCCCCCAUGUUGCGCAGGGUGGUCGUGCCGGUUCUGGUUCGGGACGGAAAGUCCUUCCAGGCCUGCUUGGAGAGAUCCACGCAUCCUCGGAUCCACUUCCCGGCUCUGACCUACCAGUCCCUGCAGCACGCUCUUCCUCCUCGCUACCAGAACCUUCACAACCCCGCAGCCUCUUGGACGGACUUGUGGAGCAACGCUCUACACUUUUCUUCCUUCAAGUGA